GCGCGUCUCCAACGGGCCCGCGCCGCGGCGGGCUCAGUCCUCAGCGGGGCGCGUGGCGAGCGGACUUGACUCGGCGCCGCUGUGCACCAUGGCCCGGGCCCUGUGCCGCCUCCCGCGGCGCGGCCUCUGGCUGCUCCUGGCCCAUCACCUCUUCAUGGCCACUGCCUGCCAGGAGGCUAACUACGGUGCCCUCCUCCAGGAGCUCUGCCUCACCCAGUUCCAGGUAGACAUGGAGGCCGUCGGGGAGACACUGUGGUGUGACUGGGGCAGGACCAUCAGGAGCUACAGGGAGCUGGCCGACUGCACCUGGCACAUGGCGGAGAAGCUGGGCUGCUUCUGGCCCAACGCAGAGGUGGACAGGUUCUUCCUGGCAGUGCACGGCCGCUACUUCAGGAGCUGCCCCAUCUCAGGCAGGGCCGUGCGGGACCCGCCCGGCAGCAUCCUCUACCCCUUCAUCGUGGUCCCCAUCACGGUGACCCUGCUGGUGACGGCACUGGUGGUCUGGCAGAGCAAGCGCACCGAGGGCAUCGUGUAGGCGGGGCCCAGGCUGCCCGUGGGUGCACCCAGGCUGCAGGGUGAGGCCAGGCAGGCCUGGGCAGGGGCAGCUUCUGGAGCCUUGGGACAGAGCAGGCCCACAAUGCCCCCCUAAUGCCAGCCAAGAAGAGCUCAGAGGAGUCCAGAGUAGCCGAGGCUCCGGCAUUAACCUAGAAGCCCCCCUGGCUGGAAGCCCCCCUGGCUGGAGGCCACCGCCACCCUAGGAAGGGGGCAGGGACGUGACCCCAACUUACCUCUGGAAAGGGUCCCAGCCUAGACUGCUUACCCCAUAGUCACAUUUGUGGAUGAGUGGUUUGUGAUUAAAAGGGGUGUUCUUGAA